UAUAUAAUUUACAAUAACGCGUGUGUUUUAAUAUGUAGAAAGAUAAAGGCUUUUUAAAUUUUACUUUUAUUUUAUCUUUUCAAGAAAUGUAGUAAUUGUAUAUUUCUUUUUCUCUUUUUUCUUAAUAUUUUUCCAUAUUGCAAUAAGAAUUAUAUAUAGUGCCCUUAACCUUCAAUAGCAAUUUGGUUGCAUAAGGAAAAAUGAUUUAAACUAAUAGGAAGAUUACUAAAACAAGAUGUCUUUAAUAGAAGGUGUUGGUGAUGAAGUUACAGAUUUUUUUAUUGCUUUGAGUAUCAUAUUGGUGGCUUGGUUCGCAUGGUGUUCUACAAAUAUUGCAGAUCAACCAAUAAUACGCACAGUACUUAUAUUGCAACAUCGAACACGCACAAGUAUUACAGAAUUAAGACCAAAUCAGAAUACCAAUACUUUUAAUCAAUCUCGUAAUUUGGAAAUAUCAGAUGAAGAUUCUAUGGAAACAAAUACUAUUGAAAGUAAUAAUUCAGAAGCAAGCUGUCCGGAAACGUCUAUUGCAGAUGUUACUGCUCCAGCAUUACGAAGAGUAGCAGAAGCUACAACUUCUGAAGAGGUCCUCAUUGAAACUAUGGAUUCCUUUAAUAAUGAAGAGACAAUAGUGUUAAAAAAAUCUAAUGAGGAAAAUUCUACAGAUGAAUCUAAUAAACCCGAGUCAAUGUGUCCUAGUACAACAGGAUGUACAACUGAAAACUUGUCGACUGCCAAUGCUAAUGAAAUUACUAUAAAACUGAAAUUCAUAAAUGAUGAUCAAAAAGUAGUAACCGGAAGUCUUAAGGAAAUGCUUGGAGACUUCAAAAGGCGACAUUUUCGAGUAGAACUUGAUUCACAAAAACUGGUGCGCUUAGUAUUUAAAGGUCAAGUGCUUCAACCAGAUAGCCAAACAUUAGAACGAUGUGGUCUUUAUAAUCAUUGUGUAGUUCACUGCUUAGUACAUCAACCACGGCCAGCUACAACAUCAUCACGGCCGCAUACAUUAGAUGAGUCAUCAAUUUAUUUCAAUCCACAGACUUUCCAAGAUCUCCCUGCGGGUAAUGGAAUCAGCUCAGUACAUAAUGAAUGGGAUUUAAGCAGGCUUUUAGUGAGCAUUUUGACUCUUAUCUUAGGUCUUGCUUGGUAUUCUCGUUACCACUAUGCGCAAUUAUUUACUGCGACAACUACACUUGCAUUAUAUGCACUCACUGCAAUAUUUACGGUUUCUUUAUUUAGCAAUUUUUUCCCUGAUCAAGAUAGCAUUAGAAAUAUUGAAUGAAUUGAUGUUACUGUCUUAUUAUUCAAACAAUUGUGUGAACAAAUUUUAUCGAUUAUAAGUAAGUAAAAGAAAUGGACCUUCAGCACUCAUCUUACUUAUUGAUUUAUGCAGAAACAUCGUCGGAUAUAAUGAAUAAACAAAUAAAAGAAUUUGAUUUUUUUAAUAGCUUGCAAGUUUAAUACUUGAAAUAAAACGAAGAGUAAAAACUUAAACAAAUGAUUAAUAUAUAUGUAUAAUAAUGUAGUAAAAUAUGAAAUCUUUAUUGAAUUAUUUGUUAGCUUUAAUGAUUAUUAAUAAUUUCUAAAGAAAAGAAAAAAAAAUUCGAAACAUUUAUAUACUAAUUGAUUAUUUUAUGAAAAAAGUAGCAACCAAGAGGAUAGAAUGUGGUUGCAUGCUGGUGCUUUCUUAUGUUAUUAUUUGUUCAAUUACUUUUAUGUAUUUGUCAAUAUAAUUAUUACUUUUGAUAUUCAUGGUUGAUACAUUGGAUUAUUACUUUUCAAAAGAUAUUUAUAUUUAUAAAUACAUUUAGAAAGUCAUUACUGGCAUUUGAAACUGUUGAUGACUGUUAAAUGUAAUAAUAUAUAUUAUUGUAAAUGUAUUAAUAAUACAAUUAGUAAACAAAAUAAAUUAUAAAAUAUAUAUA